AUGACUACAAUCCAUUCUGCACAAGAAGAAUUGCUAGACCACAUUCCAAUUAAGGAAGAGAUCGUGAAUAAAUACCGCACUCAGAUCAUCCUUACAAAUAACAAAACAAUAGAGCUAGAAAUCAUUCACAAUAAGCGAAUAAUUUACAUAGCUGAAUAUGACUUUGAGAACCUAGGGGAGAUUUUCAGGAAAUACAUUAAAAAAGGCACCACGGGAAUCUAUUCGGAAAUUGCGGACACGAAAUGUAACAUUGUCCAAGAAAAACUGAGACAAAUGUUCUCCAACAAUAGCACCAUCAAAUUUAUCAGAUGUUCUCACAGAGCACAAGACAUUCUUACGGAAACAGAAGCUGUAAAACAAAUAUCAUUUUAUCAUGUGAGGGAAAGCCUCCAUUCGGGUAUUCAGGAGACAUUUCAUAGUCUAAAGAACAAAAUUUAUUAUCCUAAACUACUGGAUAUUAUCCAUGUCGUAAUCAAUCAAUGCGACGUAUGUCAACAAGUCAAAUAUGACAGAAAACCAAUCAAGCCUAAAUUCGAAUUUUCAGAAACCACGAGCGAUAUAAAUCAGAUCAUCCAAGUAGAUAUAUAUUUCAUUAUGAAACAUACUUUCAUGACUGUCAUAGACAGAUUUUCUAAAUUUGGAACGGCAUACUAUUUAAAUGACAGGAACCAUAUAACAAUAAUAGAAAAACUGGAAGAUCACUUCGCCAAAAUAGGCAAACCAAGCAAAAUUGUUGCUGGAAACGAAUUAAAUGCAGUUCAAGUGAAAGAAUUUCUUGAAUCCGAUCUCCAUAUAACAAAACCACAUAGUCACACAGGCAUCGCUGAACAAGCUGUCAGAAAUUAUAAUGAUCGUUACCACUCUACGAUAAAACAUACGCCAAAUGAAGUUCAGAGACAUCAAGUUGAUUUUGAAAAAAUCAGAGAAAAUUUGGACAAUACGAAGAAAAAAAUCAUAACUAAGUUAAACGAAAAGAGAGAAAACUACGAGGAAACACGAACAACAGGCUUCAUAAAAAACUACAAGGCCGUGAGACAUAAAGAAAGAGCCAAAUAUCGAAAGGCAAAAUUACACAAUGUACAUCUGUCAAACAUUAAAAGGCCGCCUAAAUUUAUGGACAUUUCUGAGGAAAAGGAAGAUGAUUUAUCAGAAAAUAUUUUGGAGUUUACUGAAGAGCAGGAAUCCAAAAUAAAUUCGGCACUAAAUGACAUAUCUCAAGAUAAAGUCCUUAUUUCAAAAUUCCAUUUAAAUAUAACUAGACGUGAUAUUACCACAUUGUCAGAAGGAAAAUGGCUCAAUGACAAUAUUAUAAAUUUUUAUGUGAACUUAAUAACAGAAAGGAGUAGUCAAGAAAAUCCAGAAGACACCCCAAAAGUUUACGCAUCCAAUACGUUUUUCAUGACUCGACUUUUACAGAUGGGAUAUAAACCAGUGAGAAGAUGGACAAGGAAGAUAGACAUUUUCUCCUACGACAUAAUUUUAAUACCGAUGCAUGUAAACCAGGUACAUUGGUCCUUAGCAGUAAUCGACUUUAAAAAUAAAAGCAUUAAAUAUUAUGAUUCAAUGGGUGAACCAAUCCCAGAAAUUUUAAACGCUUUGGAAAAAUAUCUAAAUGACGAAUCUAUAGAAAAACGUAACAAACCUUUAGACACACCUUUCAUAAAACAAACUAUAUCUGAUGCUCCACAGCAAGAUAACAGCAAUGAUUGCGGAGUUUUCACCUGUUUAUUCGCAGAAAAUAUAGCUAAGAAUAAGGACAUAACCUUAUCUCAGACAAACAUCCCAUAUCUUAGAAAGAAAAUUUUGUUAGAGAUACUUGAGGGAAAACUAAUGUCUUGA